AUGAAGUUCUCCACACUCUUUUCCGUUGCCAGCACCGCUGCUCUUGCCCUGGCGGCGCCCACCACCCCGGCCUCUGCCCUGUCCAAGCGCGCCGACUACUGCGGCCAGUGGGACAACCAGGUAAAAGGCUCCUACACCAUCUACAACAACCUCUGGGGCCGCGAUGCUGCGACCUCCGGCAGCCAGUGCACCGGCGUUGACGGCUUCAGCGGCAACACCGUGAAGUGGCACACCAAGUGGUCCUGGGCUGGCGGCGACGGCCACGUCAAGUCGUACGCCAACGUCGUAACAAAGACCAGCCAAAAGGCCCUGUACAACAUCGGCUCGCUCCCCUCGACCUGGAGCUGGACCUAUACCGGCUCGAACGUCGUCGCCAACGUAGCCUACGACCUCUUCACGGGCACGACCGCCACGGGCACCAAGGAAUACGAGAUCAUGAUCUGGCUGUCCGCCCUCGGCGGCGCCGGCCCCAUCUCCUCGACCGGUAGCGCCAUCGCGACUGUCACCAUUGCCGGAAAGCAGUUCAAGCUGUGGAAGGGCCCCAACGCCCAAAUGACCGUCUUCUCCUUCGUCGCCGUCAAACCCAUCAACAGCUUCAACGGCGACCUUAACGAGUUCCUUGUCUACCUCCGCGGUAACCAGGGCCUGCCCCGCAGCCAGAUCCUACAGUCGGUUGGCGCUGGCACAGAGCCUUUCACCGGCAGCAACGCCGUUUUCACCACCACUGCGUACACCAUGAGCGAGAAAUAG